AGUUCGGUGUCCACAACUGAGUAAAGAUCUGCAAUUUGUAAAUAAGAAUAAAAAACAACAUAAAUUACUCAAUUCUUUGUAAAAAUAUAUAUAAGCCUAAAAUAAAUCAAAAUGCAGUUUUCUCCGGAUGUAUCUUCAGAAGAAGAAACUUACGAAGCACCAUCAGCUCUCUCUACUAUCAGCGAUCUUCUUUGCGCUCUGGUUGAACGAAAUGAGAAAAAUCAGCUGAUAGAUUUGUUAAAGCUUCAUUUAAACUUGGAUGAAACUAAUAUAAUUAAAGUAUUGAGUUUUAUAAACAAAUACGUAAAUUACGGAGGAGAAUGGAUAAAAAUUGAACAGAUUACAACAAAGAAAGAAAGAUACGGCUGUUUAUUAUUGCUAAUAAGACAUAAUCAAUUUUUAAAACCAAAUACAGAUCCUCUAUUAGCAACAAUCGUCAAUUCAACAUACGAAAAGAAAAUUGAAUUAUUUUUCGCCAUAUUAAAUCAAUAUGGAAUAAAUGAAAAUACUGUGAGAAAGUAUUGCGGCGUUGUCUUUCUCCUACUACAAAAUCAUGUUCCUUUUGAUACGAUUUGCACAAUACUUACUGAGGCAAAGAUUGUAACUGCAUUUGAGAAAUUUAUGGUAAAUCAUCGUUACGAUUGUAUGAAACAUCUAAUAAAAUUUCAUCUAGUUGAUGUAGUUGAUGAAAUUUCUAAGAGAACGGGUCUUGGGUUUAAAAAAGAAGAUGUUAUUCAUUGUUUACUUUACUGCCAAAAUUUUGACUUUUAUAUUAAUAAAUAUCCGAAUUUUUUCAGAACCUACUUUCUCAGUAUAACACAGGAUAUAGAUUACUACGAAGAGUCAAUAAUUCGGCGAAGAAUGACUUUUGUUCAUAAAAUGAUAUCUCAUCCUAUUUUUAAGGAUAGUCUAACUGAAGUUUCAAAGGUUUUAUCAUAUCUCUGCGCUUGUCAACUAUCUUCUUUAUCCUUUGAUGUUACAACAAUAGAAUCUUUGGGUCUCUUGAUUUUUACAAGCGAUAUAGGAGAUGGUCUAAACGAGGAAUUUCUAAGGCAACUACUAAACAUUCCCUUCAAUCUUGAUUCAGAAUUGUGUAAUCUUAUUAUCGGAACAUUGAUAAUUUUCGGCUACAAUUUUUCGACGAGAAUCUGCGACCGACUAGAACUUUUACGGAAUCAUCCAUCUACGCUAUCUUUGUUAGCAUCCGCCGCAGAUAAUAAACUUUGGUCUUCAAUAGUCAAAAUUUAUUCAGAUUUCAGGCAAACUCUGUCUCUUAAACGUUUAGCAAUUUGCCAGAUAAGAAGAUCAAUGAAAAGGCCAUUUGUAAACAAUAUUGAAAGUCUUGUAAACAAUUUUAAACUUCCAAGGUUAUUUAAAGAUAUGUUAGAGAUGAGAUCGUAUGUAACAUCUGUAACAGAUGUGAUACCGAUAACACAAACGGAUGAAGGUCCGUUAGUAUUGGAAAAAUUUAAUAAGAGACUAAACAAAUUCGAAGAAAAGAAAACAACUGAAGAAUUAACUUUUGACAUUCGAUUUACAUAUGAUGAAGGUGAUAAAUAUCAUCAUGGAUUUAUUUGCACUCAGUAA